AUGUGCGUGAGGAGACUGCUGGACAUGAGCACCAUUGACCUAGUGACCCAGAAAAGAAGAAAUGGGAACUCCUGUGAUGAAGUCGGCUGUGUGGAGCUGCACCCAGAGGUCCAGAAGUCUUCACAGGAUGGCACUUCAGGGGAGGACUCAGCUCCUCCUGAGAAGGAUGAGCGAAGCUCAGCCUUACAGACCCAGCUGUUCUCUAAUAAUGAACAACUGGAGCAGGUGACACCAGAAGUGGACCAAAACUGGGAUGCAGAGUUCCAUCAGGGUUUUGAUGCUCCAGAUGCAGAACUGGAGGCAGACAGAGGAUCUUCACAGUCUGAGCAGAGUUCUGAAUCCUGUCAUUCUGAUCCAGCUGGCGCUCAACAUCCAAACUGUGCUGCUCCGCUGCCUUCCACUCAUUCUAGUUCUGCUCCAAACAAGGAAGAUCCCGACACCAUGAGCUCUCACAAGGACACCCCUCAAAGUGGUUCAAGUGACGCAGAGGAUGGAGCAGCUUCUGAGGCCUCUGAUUUUGACUGUGCAGAAGACGUGACCAACAUAUAUGAUAAAAACAGCCCUCCACCAUUUCUGGAGAACCCCUUCAACGCUCACACUGCAGGUACUAAAACCCUCACCGACCCCCCUCUGAGUUCUCCAGCUGUUCAAAGCACAAAACAUCUGGAAGCCAACACCUCCCACAAGCAGGACAUGAGUUCCCUUGUCACGGACACGGACCCCCCUGCAGGUACCAAAGACCCCGAGGACAUCCCCACGUUCGAUGAGUGGAAGCGGAAGAUGAUGGAAGUGGAGAAAGAGCAAAUAGCACUGUCCACUCAGCCCUCCAGUAACAGUGGUCCUCCUGCUCUGAAGAAAGUCCCGAAGAACUUUAAUAAUUAUGCCUCAGUGGAAUGUGGAGCCAAGAUUCUCGGCGCUAACACAGAAGCUAAAAGCACGUCAGCCAUACUGAAGGAGAACAUGGACAUGUACAUGCUAAAUCCAUGUAGCACCAAGAUCUGGUUUAUUAUCGAGCUCUGUGAGCCCAUCCAGUUGAAGCAGGUGGACAUCGCGAAUUUUGAGCUUUUCUCUUCCACUCCGAAAGACUUUCUGGUCUCCAUCAGUGAUAGAUAUCCAACCAACAAGUGGCUGAAGCUGGGAACGUUUCAUGCCCGAGAUGAACGCACCGUUCAGAACUUCCCUUUAGACGAGCAGCUGUACGCCAAGUAUGUCAAGAUGUUCACCAAGUACAUAAAGGUGGAUCUGCUCUCUCACUUUGGGUCUGAACAUUUCUGUCCUCUUAGUCUCAUAAGAGUGUUUGGAACCAGUAUGAUGGCAGAGUACGAGGAGUUUGCUGAUCCUUCAGAAAGACCAGAUGAUCAAGAGGACGACCUGGCUUAUCCUCAUGGAGUUUCACCUGGAGAACCCAACGAUCUGAUUGGAUCAGCUAAAGAUGCCAUUUUGAACAUGGUAAACAAUAUUGCUGUGAAUGUUCUCGGGGGAAACGCAGGUAACUUCUCAUCUGAAGGAGUCAACUUCACUGAGUCUUCACAACAACCUGAUAGCACCGCCACAACCAUCACUACUGACCUCACUACACUUCCAGACACUGAGGAUGUCCAGGUUUCUUCUACUACUGAAACAGUUGAGUCAGAAACACAAACUACUGAUGAGUAUGAACAAGAGCUCCCCCCAGUGGAGGGAAAACUAGUCACCCCACAAGAUAAGGUUGAAGAAGAACCAAUCAGCUCUACAAUCAUUUUCCUCGACAAAGAGGAAGUGGAUGAAGACAAAGACACAAGAUCUGAUGAGCGACAUCGAGAAAACCACAGAUGCUGGCCUCAGUUUUCUUCUUCUUUGUGCUCAUGUGUGUCAUCCUUCCAGGAGUUUGUUCAGCAGCAGUGCUCAGCCUCCCUGUCCAAAAAGAGGGCAUGCAAAACAAUAGACAGAAAGAAAACCAUUGUUUCCAUCCUGACACCCACCUGGCACUCACCCCUGCCCCCCUCAUCCUGCCCCCAGCCUCAGCCUGAUGGCACCGAGGAGAACCCACCCCACGAGAAAGGCCAAGUCUCUGAGCAGGAACCAGAGAGUGAAGCAGUCCUGUCCGAAGCUGCUCAGUCUUCAGGGAGCACAGAGGGAUCGGUGCUGGAGCCCAGUCAGAGCUCAAACCUUCCUAAACUUACUCUCAAUGAAUCCUCCUUCAUCAAACCCACCCCUGCUGUGGAAACUCCAAAACUGUCCUCUGAGGAACCAGCCAAGGAGUCUGAGCCAGAAAUGAGCCAGGAGGUGUCAGCUGAUGUUGAACUUUCAGCUUCUGCCAGCAGCUCUGCUCAUGUGAAGCCCACAAUCUGUGUCUCAGGAGACAAAGCUUCAGCAGCACCAACAGAGGAAAGGCCUGAUGGUGAUAUCUCCAUCCAGACCCAGGAGAGGACGUCUCCAAUUCCAGUUCUCUCCUCCACUCCUUCGUCUUCUGUAGAACACCAGGCCCAAACAGCGGUGGUGCCUGAAAUUACUCUGGUUUCCUCUGAAGUAUCCCCCUCUGUGUUAGACUCUGUCACAGAGCCUCAGUCCUCCAUCAGCCUCAUGCCUGGGGCAGACAACAAAAUGGAGGAGCCUGCAGAAGAUGUGUCUACAUCCUCAGCUGGCAGUGGUCAGCUGUUUCAUCCCUCUCCUCCAAAGGCCUCUUCACCCACUUCUCCAUCCCUCUCAGACAUCUAUGCAGAGCCCUUUAAUGAAACCGAGCAGAACGGGAACCUGAUUCACAGCUCCAACCAGAAAGAGUCCGUUUUUAUGAGACUCAACAACCGCAUCAAGGCUCUGGAGGUGAACAUGUCGCUCAGUGGGCGCUACCUGGAGCAGCUCAGCCAGAGGUAUCGGAGGCAGAUGGAGGAGAUGCAACGAGCUUUUAACAAAACCAUCAUUAAACUCCAGAACACGUCCAGGUUAGCUGAGGAGCAGGAUCUGCGUCAGACUGAGUCCAUCCAGCUGCUGCAGGGCCAGUUACAGAACAUGACUCAUCUGGUUCUCAACUUGUCUGUCAGAGUGAGUCAGCUGCAGAACGAGGUUUUAGACCGACAGAAUUACUUGCUGCUGUCUCUUGCGAUGUGUUUGUGUCUCGGUCUUUUCCUGUGUUUCAACCACUGCUGCAUCGUGUUUCCUUCGAGCUCAGAGCCAGAGCCGUCCAGCACCAAGACCUACUGUGGCCCAACACGGAGCAGACUCUCUUCCCAUGAAGACAUGGGCCUGAAAAGAAGUGCAUCAUAUCCGCUCAUCUACCCUGAGCCUGUCCAGUUAGCCACUAAAGCUAAAGGCCCAGAGGUGCUGCAUGCAGAGGAGACCAAGAGUCUUUCUCCAGCUAACAGAAAGCAGAGACGGAGUAAAAUGAAAGCCUUGGACAAAGUGGAGACUCUGAGACCUUCCUGCCAAGCUGCUGCCGAGCUGUGGAGCAGAGCUGCUGGAUGUCCUGUUGGACCCGCUGCCAGGUCCCGUCCACUCCAGCUCCUUCAGCCAGACUCCCUGUCCGAGGGCAGCUCAGAGGGCUCGUCUCAGUCCGAUGAGCCGUCCUUCUGUGGCAUACCCUCAGCCUGCUCUGCAGUGUGCGACAACCUCUCUCCACCAAGCACCCGCGCAGAGAGACGAGCGUUAAGACGCAGGCGUCCAAAGACCAGCUGUGCAGUCGGGGAUUUGCUCCUCCCACCUGAGAAAGACAAACACCAACAUCUGCCCAUUACUGUUCAGAACUUUAUGAAGAAAACCCAGCAAGGCUCUGGAGCGUUUGUGACUCUCACAGGUCCUGCUUGAUUCACAAACCUCCACUUCUCCAUGGACUCUUCAAAAGAGUGGAGCAAGGCAGCUUCAGUACGAGACAAUCGGUUCGUUUUCACCACAUAUUCAACGUUCUGCUCAUCGAACAUUUAAUUUAGCUAGAAUUGACCUUAAAGAGAAGAUUUUCAAGCUUCCCAUUAAAACUUAGUUUUUAUAAGAGUCAGUGUUGCUACUGAUCAUCAAAAAUAGAAACGGGAGCCAGUUUUAUCCACUUUAGUUUAUGGUUGCAACCCUUCAAGUAAAAAUUUCAUAUUUUAAUUGUUUUAAAAAGACCUCGUUUCACCCCACACUUUAUGCAAAAACUUCAGGAAACCUCAGCAGGUGUUUUGUAACAGGACAGAUUUGGAUGUUGUUCAGCAGAAAUCAGAUGUAAAUAAACUCUGCAGGUCCUGGAGCUCAUGAAACAUUAUUCUGUCAACUCCAAACAACUAUAAUUUAUAUAAUAAUAGAAUAAUGAGUAUAAUAUACCUGUCAGUCUGAAGUCGUGAUUUCAAGCUUCACCCAGAGGAAC